AUUGCUUUGCUCAUCGUUACGCAAGAAAAAGUCACCAGGUUUUUAUUAGUGUCACACUGCUGUGUUGCUGAUCUAUGAAAUCCUUCUUAUCAUUCGCUUAUCACGUCUUAUUUUUUUACAUAUGCUGCUCUGGAAACGGCGCAGGUCUGCGUGUUGCGUGUGCUUCCAACUUGUUGAAUAGCGGCAGCCUGCCCUCUGCGAGCAGUGUUCAAGGUUCAGGAAGAUAACGAGAGGUGAGUGGCUGACGCAUAGCUCGUGUUAUAUUACCAAAGGCUCAGAUCAUAUUACCUAAGACAGCAGGUUGGGUGAAACCAUAGCUGUGUUCAGAUCGCUGUGGCUCGCACAAACCAGGAACUGGGACUGACAAAGGAGUUUAAAAGAAGCUAAAGAAGCUAACAGAGGACUUUGUUGUUUUGAGAGGAGCGUUACCAUGGGUAAGAAGACACAACACUGUCUCCUGCUUGUGCUGUGUUUGUCGGGGCUUGUUCAGCACUCGGCUGCCUUCGUGUUUUGGACAGCCAUGGUGGAGGUAAGCUAUGUUAACAGGAACAAUGAGACCGUGGACAGAUACUGCGAGUGUGGGGUGUACGGUCGUAACUCUCUCCUGGAUAAAGCCUCCGGCAUAGUGACACUUCCCAAGGGAGACCCCAAAGGCUGCGGCCCAGAUGCCGUCUACAGUCGCAAUUCCAGCUCGCCUCCCUGGAUAGCCAUGGUUAAGAGAGGCAACUGCACUUUUGCUGAAAAGAUCAAUGCUGCCAAACGCCAAGGAGCAGUUGCUGUGGUCGUGUAUAACGUGGAUGGCAGCGGCAACAGCACCACUCACAUGGCCCACUCAGACGCAGAUGAUAUUGUGGCUAUCAUGAUUGGCAACACUCAGGGCACGGAGGUUGUCAAUCUGGUGAAGAACGGGACAGACGUUCAGAUGAUUAUUGAUGUGGGCAGCGCUCAUGGACCCUGGGUGGACACCUACUGGCUCUAUUUUCUGUCCAUUGCCUUCUUCAUUGUGACGGCAGCCUCGAUCGCCUACUUUGUGUUUAUCUCAGCCAAUCGCCUGUACAGUCUGAGCAUGCACAGACGCUCGGAGAGGAGGCUGAAAUCCGAGGCUAAGAGGGCAAUUGGACGUCUGCAAGUACGCACGCUCAAAAGAGGGGACGAGGAAACUACUUCUGACUCCCACAUGUGCGCCGUAUGCAUCGAGUCCUACAAGGCAGGCGACGUGGUGACGGUGCUAACAUGUGACCACAUCUUCCAUAAAGCCUGCAUCGAGCCCUGGCUGCUGGAGAGGAGAACCUGUCCCAUGUGUAAGUGCGACAUCCUGAAGGCCCUGGGGGUUGAGGAAGAGAUGAAAGACGACAUUCCUACCGAAUCACCACCAGAGGUCACUGUGAUCACAGUGACGGGAGGGGAGCCCCUGUAUGAAGUCCCACUGACUGACCCAGCAAGCUCUGACCCAGAGAGACAUCAGUAUCGCUAUGACAACAGGGCCUUCGAGGGAGACUCAGAAGCUGCGAGGGGAUGAACAGCACCAAUGGAAACAAAACAGCAACAAACCAGGACACAGUCAAGUUCCCUGUGUGAAACAGAUAUUUUCCUGGCAUAAACUGAACUAGCAAUAAUGGAAUCAAGCUAUGGUGUUCCAAAAGGACAAUGUUCAUGUUGCAGUGAUGAAAUGCUAAAAAUAUAUUUUUCCCCCAUAAAAUACAAGGAUUUAAAAUGAUAAUGAAGCUCAUGUAAUUAGCUUGGAUGUCAUUGAACUUUCGUUGUCUCUGUCUUGGUGCAAGUAUGUACUUAUUGGGUGUGUUCAUUAGAAUAGAAAAGCAAGUAGUCGGGCAGUGACACCGGUGUCAAGUUUCUGUUUUGCAUAGUCAACACAGCAGCCUGAUACGGGUUAGAGAGGUGGAGCAGGGAAACCAUUUGAACGUCUGUUAAAAAAUGGGGCCAAAUCUUUUCCAACAAAAAGCUUUGUAGCUCAGAGUCUAACCAACCAUUCAUGGCCUUUUUAAUUGAAAUGAAAUCAUUUCUCCUAAUCCAGUGUAUUUGGAUAAUUUGACCUUCUUUUAUUGUUUAGCUUUUCAAACUGGAGUAUGUUUAUUCUGUGUCCGUCAUGUUUUGUCAGGUUGUCAGGCUGGAUUUGCAAACACAUACUAAUGAACACACCCUUAACUGGAAAUGCAGGAUGACACACAUUGCACUAUGAGUAACUGAAGUCACCUGACAAGCCUGGGGAUUUUUAGAAACAUGCUGAAAUAUGAAUUUUCCUGUUCUUCAUAAUUUGUUGCUCCGAGUCAUAACUACUAGAAAGUCAUGUGGCGAUGUGGCAGUGAAGUGAAUGUCGCAAGAAGUGUAGAUGACGCGCUUCCAAAAAUUUGCUCCUGACUGUUGGAUAGAGGGAAAAUUAUUUUUAUGUGUACUAGUCUUUGAAUUUAUUUUAAAUAAGAUUAGUUUCCCAAUCAUAAGGCUGUAUCUGUUAAUAUAAAGAGAAUGUAUGUACAGUCUAUUCCUUUUCUAAACAGCUGAUUUCCAUUAACAAGCUCAAACUGUUAUUUGUUGAACAUGUCUUCCAGGUUUUGCCUCUGAAUUAUUUGGAAUGGAGUUUAUUUAGCCCCUGUGGUCUACCUCUGAACUGUCACAGGGGUUAAAUUUAGGAAUGUGUUUAACCCUCCUAUUACCUUCAAAUUUCCUGAUAUCUUUUAUCCUUGGGUUCAAUUUGACCCCAGCGAUGUCAACACCUAGAAAAUUAAAUUAUUGAAAUUGUUGCCCAACUUUAUGUGUAAAUGGCCCUUUAAGUAAAACUGAAAAAAUAUGUCAAUGGCUUGUUUAGAGAUGUUAAACAUUGAAUGGGGUCAAAUUGACCCCAACAAUAAUAGGAGGGUUAAGAUUUUUUGCAAUUCCAAGAUUACCCUCGGAAAAUGAUAAACCUAAAGAACUGUUUCAUUCCUUUUGUUUGCUGGUGGGGGAUGUCCUGAUUGUGCUACUCAAUAUAUUUUUUCUAUAUUGAAUCGUUUUCACUACUUUUUUACAGAUUCCAGGAGUCUUAAAUUGCUCUGUAAAAAUGAAUUAUUACUUUCUGUAUUAAAUCACAUUGAUGCUUAUUAGAAUGCAAUAAAUUCCUCAAAGUGAGGCUAACUUUA